AGACCCAUGUCUUCUUAUCUCCAGAUUCGUUCAUUCCUUCUUCUUCUUCUUCUAAUCAACCAAAUCGGUGAUUAGCUAGCGGUGGCGGCGGAUGAGGAGAGGAGACAACGAAUAUAGCUAGCUAGCUCCUUCUCCUUUCAAUUUUUACAAUCGAAGAACAUGGGCGUGGAUUACUACAAGAUUUUGCAGGUUGAAAGGAACGCAAAAGAUGAUGAUCUGAAGAAGGCUUACAGGAAACUUGCAAUGAAGUGGCAUCCUGAUAAAAACCCUAAUAACAAAAAAGAAGCAGAGGCUAAAUUCAAGCAGAUCUCCGAAGCCUACGACGUUCUCAGUGAUCCACAGAAAAGGGUUGUUUAUGAUCAAUAUGGUGAAGAAGGGCUUAAUGGACAAGUACCUCCACCAGAUGCCGCCGGACCUGGCGGUGGCGCCACAUUCUUUCAAACAGGUGAAGGACCCAAUGUUUUCAGGUUUAAUCCAAGGAACGCUAACGAUAUAUUUGCUGAAUUCUUCGGCAACUCGAGUCCGUUUGGAGGGAUGAUGGGUGGCGGCGGUGGUGGCGGUUCUGGUAUGAGGGGAGGAGGAGGAGGAGGUUCAAGAUUCGGCCCUAUGUUUCCAGAGGAAAUGUUUAGUUCAUUCGGUGAUGGUAGUAGACCGAUGAUGCAUACAGCCGCAGGUCCUAGAAAAGCUUCACCAAUUGAACAAACAUUGCCUUGUUCACUUGAAGAUCUAUACAAAGGAACAACCAAGAAAAUGAAAAUCUCCAGAGAGAUUGCUGAUGCAAGUGGGAAGACAUUACCGGUACAGGAGAUUCUAACCAUUGAUAUAAAACCUGGUUGGAAGAAGGGCACAAAGAUUACCUUCCCAGAGAAAGGGAAUGAACAACCAAAUGUGAUUCCAUCAGAUCUCGUAUUCAUAAUAGAUGAGAAACCACACAAUGUAUUCACUAGAGAUGGUAAUGAUCUUGUAGUUACUCAAAAAAUAUCUUUGGUUGAGGCAUUGACAGGAUACAGUGUUCAAAUCACAACAUUGGAUGGAAGGAGCUUGACUAUUCCUAUCAAUAAUGUCAUUCAUCCAAAUUAUGAAGAGGUUGUUUCAAAAGAAGGGAUGCCAAUACCUAAAGAACCUUCAAAAAGAGGCAAUCUUAGGAUCAAGUUCAAUAUAAAAUUCCCAAGUAAGUUAACUUCUGAGCAGAAGUCUGGAAUCAAGAAAUUGCUUAUGGCUCCAUGAAUGAAUGCUGCUAGCUUAUGAUCAUGGGUUGUUUUAUUAGUUCCAAACUAUGUUUAUUUUGUGGUUGGCAUGUUUUUGUACAUUGGAUACUUUGUGAUAUGACAAAUAUAAUAUAAGAUGCAGCUAUAUGUAUAUAUGUUUGAUCA